AUGACCACCGAGAGUUUUGCAGAGUUCCUCAAUAAGCUCAAGGAAAUCCAUGAGAAAGAGGUCCAAGGUCUGCAAAGCAAACUGACAGAGCUGACGACAGAGAAGUGCCGUGAUGCUCACAGAAUUGAAGAGUUGUUUGCUAAAAAUCACCAAUUAAGGGAACAACAGAAGAUCCUUAAAGAAAAUGUAAAGGUGCUAGAAAACAGGCUACGAGCGGGUCUCUGCGACAGAUGCAUGGUCACUCAGGAGCUGGCAAAAAAGAAGCAGAAUGAGUAUGAGAACUCUCAUUUCCAGAGUCUGCAGCACAUCUUCAUCCUCACUAAUGAGACAAACCGCCUGAGGGAAGAGAACAAAAGUCUCAAGGAAGAACUGAAGAGGCUUCGGAGCCUGGAAACAAAGCCCUCAGGAGUUAUCUCCAGAGAAAGCAGCUGCAGCCCCAGCUCUCCACUGGCUUUGCUGUCCCCAGUGAGUAGGAACACUGGCAGUGAGCAAGUGGCUCACAGAGGAGCAGAAGAAGCCCACCACGACGUGCCAGGAGUCCAGCUGGGAGAAGAAAAGCCUGCAGGACAGAGAAGCUCUCCAAGCAGUAGGACUUCCCCAAGCACUGUCCUCCAAGAAGUCAGCCUCGCAGAAAUUGCAUCCCAGAGGAUCUCCAACCAGCUGCAUGGAACCAUUGCCCUGGUGAGACCUGGCUCCAGACCCUGCCCCCUGGAAAGAAGCCCUUCAAGGACAGCAGUGUCCCCACCAGCGAGGAAGACUCCUGUCCCGCCGGAGCGUGAGCCCAGCCCCAGCCUUGAGGCUUAUUUAACAGCAAGCAAACCAGACUCUCCCAAGCUCUCUCCAUCCUAUGAAAACCUGAAAGUGACAUCCAGGAGAGAGCAGCUCUGCCUCCUCCACAAGCACCUUUCCCUGCACCAGCUGGGGCUGGGGGGUAACUGUGCCUCAGCGGAGGGGGACGGCGGCAGCUUCUCCAGCCACGUGCUCCGUGCCAAGGACGGCGCCGGGCGGCUGCGCUCGCGCGAGGGCUGGGAGGAUCGAGCGGCCUUGCUGAAGCUCCCUGCCAUGGUGUAUGUGAGGGAUCAGCACCUGGAGGAGAAGCUGCACCUCCUCAAGCACAGGGAGCGGCUGCAGCACUUCCUGAUGCAGCAGUGCCAGGCAGGCCAGCAGGCAGAUGAAGACUCAAAGCCCGUGCCCGAGGAGCGGCCCCUCUCCCCGUGGCCGAGCAUCCUGCUGGGAUGCAAGAAGGAAAAGUCCUUCCUGGAGGAUGCUGCAGGUGUGAAGGAAGAGAAGGAGCUUUGGCUGAGCAGGGACAGCUCUGAGGUCCGAGAAAAGGCCAAGGCAGCAAGGGAUGACGGUGCAGAUGUGCCGCUGGAUCUGUCGGAGUCUGGUCGGGGCAGGGAAAGAAGCUGGCACAAGCCCUGGGAGCCACGGGGCACCAGCAGCCCACGGCCAAGCCCUGGUGACAGCCCCGCUGUGCCCGUGGCCCGAGGGCACUGUGGGAGGCAUGGGGCAGAGCAGGACGACUUGCACUCCCCCUGCAACUGGCCCAGUGCCACCCAGGCACUGCCUGGUGCUGUUGGGGAGAAGGAAGAGGAUGCAGCUGUGGUGACGCUCUCCCGGGCACAUCCAACAAACAACUCCACAUCAAGUGACCCAGAGGCCUCUCCAGAGACCCAGGAGAGGUUGGCUGCCAGCACACAGAUGGGAAAAGCAGGUGAUGAUGAUGCUGAGUCUGGGAAGCACGAAUCUGAUGAGCCAGACACGACGGACAGUGAGGUGGCUGCCUCAUAUGAAGAUGAAGCCCCACAAGAAGCCCAGGAUGAUGGGAAAUAUUUUUGCACCAAGGACAAGGCUCAAGUGUUGCAGAAGAAGAGAAAAAGAGGACAGGAUCCUUGGGCAAAAGGAGCUAAGAAGUCAAUGAGAGGAAGAAAGAAAAUCAAAGUGGAGCAGUGCUCAGCAGGAAUCACAAAGGAACAAGAGAACUGCUCUGCUUCCCUUAACAACACCUCUGAGGAGAGCUAA